AUGGCAGAUCAAACAGCUGAGGAAGUUAUUGCAGAGAUUAACAAGAAGCUCAUGGAUGCUUACAGAUCGGAGGAAGCUUUUUGGAAGCAAAGAAGCAGACUGCUUUGGCUGACUUUGGGUGAUAAGAAUACAGGGUUUUUCCAUGCUGUUUCCAAAGGACGAAAGGCGCGGAACAGACUAACAGUGAUGGAAAAUGCGCAUGGAGAAGCUGUUUAUGAAGAAGAACUCAUUGCGGUAGAGAUAGCUCGGUACUUCAAGGAUAUCUUCACCACUACAAGCACAGAUGGAGGAGAAGUGAUAUCACGAGCUCUUUCUCGCAAGAUCAAAGACGAGACUAACGCCACCCUCACCUCCAUUCCGUCAGCAAAAGAGAUAAAAAAGGCCCUCUUUGCGAUCCACCCCGAUAAGGCGCCGGGACCCGACGGCUUCUCGGCUUCUUUCUUUCAAGCAAAUUGGGAUGCAGUUGGGCCAGCCAUUGUGGCCGAGGUUCGUGAGUUCUUUAUCACAGGAAGCAUGCCGGCGAUGAUCAACAGGACACACGUGAGACUCAUACCGAAAGGACAGAAUGCGAUUAAAGUGGCAGAUUUUCGCCCCAUCGCACUUUGCAACGUCUACUAUAAGAUCAUAUCGAAACUUCUCUCUCUUCGACUACGACCUGUCCUCAGUGGGAUAAUAUCCGAGAACCAAUCCGCUUUCUUACCGGGUAGAGCAAUUGCGGAUAAUGUUCUUAUUACCCACGAGAUACUCCAUUAUCUCAAGACGUCGGACGCAAAGAAACACUGUUACAUGGCGGUGAAGACAGAUAUGAGCAAAGCUUAUGACCGCUUGGAGUGGAACUUUAUCCAAAAGGUCUUGGAGGAACUAGGUUUUGACCCAAAGUGGGUUAACUGGGUGAUGCAGUGUAUCUCAACGGUCUCCUACUCCUUUCUAGUGAACGACGCAGCACUAGGAGAGGUUAUACUAUCCCGAGGUAUCCGACAAGGAGACCCCCUCUCCCCUUAUGUAUUUAUACUCUGUGGGGAGGUUUUUUCCGGACUAUGCAGAGCGGGACAGACGAGUGGAGCUCUAACUGGAGUAAAGAUUGGACACCGAUGUCCUCGGAUCAAUCAUCUCCUCUUUGCCGAUGAUACGAUGAUCUUCACCAAAGCUUCGACGGAAAAUUGCUCUGCCCUUACACUGAUCCUUAAAGAUUAUGAGAAAGCCUCGGGUCAGCUAAUCAAUGCUACCAAGUCAUCCAUCUCCUUCUCAUCGAAAACACCAUGGGAGACUCGAGCCCGAGUCAAAUUACUCCUUGGUAUCGAAAAAGAAGGUGGAACAGGUAAAUAUCUUGGACUACCAGAGCUUUUCUCGAGAAGGAAACGCGACCACUUCUCAUCCAUAGUAGACAGGAUCAAACUCCGAGCCGCAGCAUGGUCCACUCAUCGCCUCUCCUCUUCCGGAAAGCUCACUAUGCUAAAAUCAGUACUUACCGCGGUACCUACUUUUUCUAUGUCAUGCUUCCUUCUCUCGGUGGGGCUCUGUGACCAGAUUCAAUCAGCUCUCACCCGUUUCUGGUGCGAUCAUGAUCCCUCAACAAGAAACAUAUGCUGGGUGGCCUGGGACAACCUUACGCAGCAUAAGGAUGUUGGUGGCUUAGGUCUUCGGGAUAUACAAGAUUUCAACGUCGCCAUGCUUGCAAAGAACGCUUGGCGCAUCCUCACCAACCCGGAGUGUCUCCUAGCACGACUGCUUAUAGGAAAGUACUGUCACAGCUCUAGCUUCCUCUCAGCUCCUUGCCCAUCCUCCGCUUCUCACGGAUGGAGAGGCGUGGUAGCGGGAUGUCAGUUGCUACAACUGCAACUAGGAAAAGCCAUAGGCAAUGGGAAUUCUACUAAAUUUUGGUCAGACUCAUGGAUCAGCUCAACCUCUCGCACCAUUCCUUUUGGGCCGCCGACGGAAGCAAGCAGGGAUAUCUUCGUCUCAGACCUCCUCAUAAGAGGUUCUGAUGAAUGGAAUCACACAAUGGUGGAAUCAACUCUCCCCACCCUGGCGCAGGAUAUCUAUCUCAUUAAACCGAGUAUCUAUAUGGUAGAGGAUACUUAUGUUUGGCUAAAGACUAAAACAGGAUCUUACAGUGUCAAAUCUGGUUACUACGCCUUACGAGAAGCUGCCACAGACCAACGAGCCAUACAACCUCCGCACGAAACUUUCAACGGGCAAAAGCUUGUUUGGAAAUUACCGACGUCUCCAAAGCUUAAACUCUUCUUGUGGAAACUAUGUCGAGGAGCUCUUGCUUUGGGCACAAACCUUCAGGUAAGGGGAAUUGAUACGAAUGGAGCCUGCCCUCACUGCGCUGAACCGGAGACAGCGUUGCAUCUAUUCUUUCUAUGCCCUUUUGCACGACAAGCCUGGGACCUUGCUCCAUUAUCCUCACGCCCGGAUUUCUCCACAGCGGUUUCACUCCAUGACUGCUUUGAGCUCAUGUCGACCUUGAUAUGCUUGCCACCAACCGGCAUACACAGCAACUUCUACUCGUGGCUAUUGUGGGGCCUUUGGACCGCAAGAAACUUAAUACUCUUUGAAAACAGAGCAACACCGGCGCGUACCGUGGUGGGGAAGGCAGUGUCAUCAGCUCGCGAAUGGCUUCUGGCUCAGACAUCAGAACCGAUAGCGAAGACACAUACUACCCCCGACUUAGCGAUACCACCCACUGAGGUAGAGGUGGUCUUAUGCAACACAGACGCCGCGUGGUCUGUAUCCAAACAAGCCGGGCUAGGGUGGUGCUUUGAGAAGAAAACACAAGGUUUCUACUCGGAAGGCUCAAAGGCGAUUAACCACAUAUCCUCUCCCCUCAUGGCGGAAGCGCUGGCUAUGAGGGAGGCACUACAGGAAGCGAAGCGCACAUCUCUCCUCAACGUCUGGUUUCGAACCGACUCACAAGAGCUCGCUAGAGCUAUAAACUCGAAGUCAUAUCCGGUGGAGCUUUUCGGAGUUCUCAUGGAUAUCGAGUUCCUAUCCUUGUCUUUCUCUUACAUUUGCUUUUCUUUCAUUGGUCGCGGACACAAUGGGAUGGCAGACUCGAUUGCGAAGUCUGCUCUUCACCGUCAUGUCUCGAUCUUGUACUGA